AUGGAAGUAAUGUUUUUCGAAACAUGUUUUUCUUGGAGACUUAAAAAGCUUAAAGUUAUUUUCCUACCGAAUUUCGAACAGCAUGUUCAGUUAGUUUGCGAAUAG